UGACAGGUGCAGAAUAUGUCCCAGUCUAUAGAAGUCUUAAACUUGAGAACUCAGAGAGAUUUCCAGUAUGUCUUAAAAAUGGAAACCCAAAUGAAAGGGCUGAAGGCCAAGUUUCGGCAGAUUGAAGAUGAUCGGAAGACACUAAUGACCAAGCAUUUUCAGGAACUGAAAGAGAAAAUGGAUGAGCUACUGCCCCUGAUCCCAGUGUUGGAGCAGUACAAAACAGAUGCCAAGCUCAUCACACAGUUCAAGGAGGAAAUUCGGAAUCUGUCCUCAGUGCUCACUGGGAUUCAGGAGGAAAUCGGUGCCUAUGACUAUGAAGAACUGCACCAACGGGUCCUCAGCCUGGAGACCAGGCUGCGUGACUGCAUGAAAAAGCUAACAUGUGGCAAGUUGAUGAAGAUCACGGGGCCCAUCACGGUCAAGACAUCUGGAACUCGAUUUGGUGCUUGGAUGACAGAUCCCUUAGCAUCUGAAAAACAUAAUAGAGUCUGGUAUAUGGACAGUUACACUAACAAUAAAAUAGUCCGUGAAUACAAGUCCAUUGCAGACUUUGUCAGUGGAGCUGAAUCAAGGACAUACAACCUCCCUUUCAAGUGGGCAGGAACUAACCAUGUUGUCUACAAUGGCUCACUCUAUUUUAACAAGUAUCAGAGUAAUAUCAUCAUCAAGUACAGCUUUGAUUUAGGGAGAGUGCUAGCUCAAAGAAGCCUGGAGUAUGCUGGCUUUCACAACGUAUACCCCUACACAUGGGGUGGAUUCUCUGACAUCGACCUAAUGGCUGAUGAAAUUGGCCUGUGGGCUGUGUAUGCAACUAACCAAAAUGCAGGCAAUAUUGUCAUCAGCCAGCUUAAUCAAGAUACCUUGGAGGUGAUGAAGAGCUGGAGUACCGGCUACCCUAAGAGAAGUGCAGGGGAAUCCUUCAUGAUUUGUGGGACUCUGUAUGUCACCAACUCCCACCUCACUGGAGCCAAAGUGUAUUAUUCCUAUUCCACAAAAACGUCCACAUAUGAGUACACGGACAUCCCCUUCCAUAACCAAUACUUCCACAUAUCCAUGCUUGACUACAAUGCAAGAGAUAGAGCUCUUUAUGCCUGGAACAAUGGUCACCAGGUCCUGUUCAAUGUCACCCUAUUCCACAUCAUUAAGACUGAAGAUGACACAUAG